UUGCUGAUCUAUCAGAAAGUAUGAAAAUGAUGAAGCAUUUGGAAUCAUGUGUCUGUAGACUGACAUGUUGAAACCUUUGGGCGGUUUAGGUCAAAGCAAAAUUGAAUACAGGUCAAUUUCAGAGGUUAAAUGAUUCCGAGUAUUUGUUUAUGGAAAUAGUAUUCAAAAUGUUAGCUUUAUCAUUAUGGACUACUGUCUCAAAGAGCUGCAUAGCACCAUGUUGUUUUAAGUUAAAGUUAACAAAAUGAGAAUUGGGAUUGGUUCUUUUGUAUUAUUGGAUCAGAUACGAUGCUGCGUGCUUAUGCAGUAGUAUUCUAGCUGUUCUAUGUUAUUUUUCAGACCGAUCUCUUAAUAGUCGACAGCAGUAGCUAUAAACAGAAAAUCAGAGAGUUUGAAACUAAAAUCCAGGUAAGAAGAAAAUAAGAAAACUUCACGCAAUCAUGCACGUUCAUGAUCUGAAUUGAUAAAGUCAGUUUACCUCCUUAACCAUUUAAGCCCAAAUAACUUCAUACCAACUUUUGGGAGUAACUAAUAGUCGUGGGUUGUGGGCACCGGGUCGUGAGUAGUGGGUACAAAGUCGUGGGUCAUGGGUAGCGUAGACCUACGAAACAAAAAGGAGAAGAGGUCCCUCAGGGUAGUGGGGUUACACCGCAAAUGUUUCUGGGUAGGGGUUGUGGUAGCAUAGCUACUAGUACCUGGACAUCCCAAGAAGGAGGCAUUUAUAGAAACGUUAUACUAUUAUACCGAGUGGCAGAAGGAAAAAUUCUUGUACCGGCUUCCUAUUAUUAACAUCUGGGAUAAAAAUCUUUUUGGAAGAAGGAGUAAUCUAACACAGAGAGCUAAGAAAAAAAUUCUGAGCCAUGGGUGGGAAUCGAACUGACGACCCCCCGAGUUCUAAUUCGGAUGCUCUUAUAACCACUGAUCUGCUGGAGACUAUGGCGCGCAGUGUCGAAAUUUAAGUAUUAUUACACCAGUCAUAAAGGAUCAGUAUCGGGGACUGUUAGACAUUUUCACGAAGAAAAUGCAUGGGAAAUAUGUUACUAAAGGAAACAAUUCGACACAUGGACACAUAUGUAUACAGUCAACUCUCUCUAAGACGGACACCUUUGGGACCGGCACUAAGUGUCCGUGUUAGAAUGGUGUCCGUCUUAUAGAGAGUCAAAUGAAGGGAGUAAAGAAAGGCAGGGACCAACUCCAAGUGUCCGUUUUACAGAGGUGUCCGUCUUAUAGAGGUGUCCGUUAAGAGAGAGUCGACUGUGCGAUCAAAUGCGCGUUACAGAGAUAUAAGAAAAACAUAAUAAAAUACAUGGUUAUAUACAAUAAAAAUUAAAAAGCGUAAAAACGAGUAGAUAUAUAAUAUUUAGUAUAUACAAACUCAGUAGCUAUCUCGGGUAUAUUCACCGCGCUAGUCGUGAACUGCGUGUUUUGCCAAAGUUUCAUAGUAAAGCCUUUUUGAAAAUACUCGAAUAUCCAAGUGCUGAUGACUUUGAAGGCAAGAAAAGACUUCAUGGUGUUUAAACAGCGUGAUUUAUUGUGAAGUGGUUUACUGUAGCUGACUUUUUGUGCGCUCGAAGCUAUGUUUACCACUACAGAGGAAAACGAGGUCGCUUGUCACUGUUUUGUGAUUUCGGUAUUUUCGCGCAAGACCACUUUUGCCCAUAAAUAGAAGUUAAUUUAUGGAGAAAAGAGGAAGGCAAAUAUUUUCGAAAAUUGUACGUGCCAGCAAGUUAACAAGGCAAAGAACUUUGGAAAUAAACAACGCCCACCUUGAUCGUAGCCGCUGUUGACAGCAUUUGCAAGAAGCGACAAAGAAAACUUUCUCAUUCACGGGGAGUUGACAGAAACAAACAAAGCUCUACUUUUCUUCUUAGAAUUGGGUAGUAAUUUGAAUUUUCGGGGUUUUCUUUUAAACUGUUGAUGCUGAAGCUUAUAAAAAGCGAUACAAAAAGAUUAGAACUAUCAUUUGCCAUGUUUGAAGAUACUGUAAAGAUCUAACUUUUGCGUAUCCACUGUUUACGGCUUCGUGUUCACGCAUGAAUUCACCAGUCAAUCAAACUACUCGUUUUUUAAUGGUUUCCUUUCUGAUUCUGUUGAGAUCACUUCGUGUGAAUAUACUAAAACAAUUAUUCACCUCAGGCUCAGUUAAUAUUGUUGAAUAUUCGUCUCGGGGAUUAUUCAACAAUAUUAACUUCGCCUUCGGCGAAUAAUUGUUAAAUAUAAAUUAUAUAUACCUGUUUUUUUGAAAACCGGGCUACUAAAGCAUGUCAGUCUCUCGCACUGAUUGGUAAUUUAAUGUCCCUUCUUACUUGAAAAGUAAAAUCUCACCUCAAAAAGAAACUCUUGAAUACAUGAGCUUCCAUUUGAUAGAAACGUCUGUCUUGAACGUAACAAAAGUGAAGCUUUCCUCGUUAGUCUAAUAUAUAGAUUUAGCCAGGGCUAAAAGCGAAGCUCCCAUUAAUAAAUUUAUAAUUCAGAUCAAACAAUAAACCUGUAAUCUACAAAUCGGUUAACUUAAGGGCACCUAUGUGACUUUUUAGGGAAAGCUAGGGCUAAGUGAUUUUAGAGUGAAAAAAAUCUUACAUCGAUUUGAUAGCCUUAUAUGUACACCCAAAAAAAUAGCAAUCAUCUUCGAUCACAUUUAAGAGCCAUGAUGGCUCUUGAUCACAGUAGAUUAGGCCUGGAAAACGAAUUCUUGGAAAACAAAUCAGGCCGAAUUUUUGCCGUUCGACAAGUUUACUUAACAAAAUCUUGCCAACAAAUCUGGGUGCGUGUAAACCAACAUUUCAUACUUUUUAUACAUCACAUCUGAGGUGAAACAGUAAUAUGAGGCGCUGUUUUUAUCAUACAGACCUCAGACAAAAUGCAGUAUUUCACAAUUUUUCAAGACAAAUAUUCAGAACCAUCGAAGCACACGUGGGCUUUUAGCAAAACCGUUCAAAAAACUUCAAAAAACCCCUACACGGCCAGCCGGUUCUCACUUUUGACAAGCGCCAAAUUUUCAGUAUAAGCAUUAAAAGAGUUACGCUUCAACAUAAUAAAGAAUUUAUUGUGUUUAUUUUUCAUUUAAUGAUUUUAAAACGAUGUGUAAUCUUAAAAAGCAUUUGAUACGCGCGGCAUUUUGAGUACUCCUGCAAGCGAUGUUUAUGAACGACUGAAAACAAACGGCAAAGUGUUUAAAAUUGCAAGAGACUACUACCAAUCAAUAAAAGAAAUAUAAUUCGGUGAAACAUUUACAGAGACAAAAAUUUUCAUUCACGAAGACAAGUAUUAAAGCGUCUCUAAAAAUCCUAAGUCCUUAAGCUGAAGCUUAAAGCUUUUAGCCGGCUUCCCCGUGUUUACUGUUUUCAAAGAUGAACUCGAGGCAAGAAAAUCGCUCAAAGCUUUCUUUCUACAGCCAAAAUUAUAACUAAAUACUCUUCGGAACAUUUUUUCUUUCUAUUUGCGGAGAGAAAAUAUCGACUAAAGGUUUUUUAAAGUUCUGUAAGCUUAUACCAAAUCUCAUACUAGGUCAGAUCAUUGUCUCAGAUCUUAAUACAAACGUGCAUAAACUAGCCUCAUAAACUGCGCUCGACUUCAUGAAAUUAGAUAUACAAAAAACAAACACAAUAAUUACUCAGACUUACCAUUCGAGAUGCAGCUCCUGAAAGCCGCUUGAGGCACUUUUCAACCCGCAUCCAGCAAGGUGAAAAAUGAAAACGAUGUCAUCCGAAAUCGGAUUUGUGACUUUGACAAGCGGCGCAUUUCUCAACCAAAAAUUCAGUAAACAAACCAGCCAUGAAUCACAGAAGACUGUUGAUAGCAGCUGUAUUUCAUUUUGUGCAUCCAGUGGGAAAAGACAGUAAAAAACAUCACAAGUUGGCAAAAAACUCUGUCAGCUUCAGCUGUCAAAGUAAACAAGUUUCAAGAUGCAGCAUUUCUCAACCAAAAACCCAAUAAACAAACCAGCCAUGAAUAACAGAAGACUCUUGAUAGCAGCUGUAUUUCAUUUUGUACAUCCAGUGGAGAAAGACAUAAAAAAAACAUCACAAGUUGACACAAAACUCUGUCAGCUUCAGCUGUCAAAAGUAAACAAGUUUCAAGAUGCUGCACAAAUUUUCCGCAUGAACUCACCUGUCAAAUUUUGACCAAUCAGAGCAUAAAAAUUGGACGUAGAGCGUGACCAACGCGUGUCCAUGAUAACAAAAGGUCUUCUCAGCCUGUGUUUUUAAAUAACUGGCUGAAUUUUCGUGUCCGAGGUAAGUUUGAAAUCAAAAUCUUAAUAGUGUUGGGCCAUAGUGACAUAAACACGACAUGUUUCAUAUAAAUUUUAAAAAAAAACAAACUUGAGCUUGCGAUCAUUUGAAAACUAGUAACUUGUCAGGGAAUAACUUCAAAAAAUACUUGACCUCGAUGGAUCGACAUCUGAGCCCGCGAUACGGUCAGGUGAUACUGGUCAGCGGAUACCCUGUUUUGCCAGCUGUCAAUUGAUCACAACAUUGAUGUGCAAUUACUUUUCUCCUGGGCUCCCAAACUAGCUAGAAAGUGUGACAGUAAACAUUGGUAUGCCUGUGGUGCGGACGGACGGUCGUUCGUUCGUUCGUUCGGUGUACGGUCACGUGAUAACCAAAUUUUCUGGGAUGGGUAGAUUAACUUAGCUAUGGGGCUCCGUCCACGCGCGCGCGCUUCGCGCGCGUGUGGAGCUCCGCUAGAAAAUAAGGCAUUUUAAGGGACAAUUUUUAGUGUUAGCGGCACCGUUUGCCGCAAAGCCCUUUUCCCAGUUCACCCCAUUUUUCAAUGCAACUGGUCUCCCAAAAACAAUCUAAACCAACACUGCUCAACAAAACCAAGUCCUACAACCACCAAUUUUACUGUUUGCUGACUUGGAACAUUAUCAACAGAAUGGGUCAUUGCUUGCAUGCAAACAGCACAAACAAACUGCAUAACAGUUCGAAAACACAUCAAACUUUACAACAACCCCACCCACCUGGAAUUUAACCAGGCUACCCCAAAUGCAUACCAGAUGAUAGCCCUGUGUCUGUGCAACAACGUGAAACUUAGCUUGACGGAAACCCCCCUCAAAAAAAAAUUAGCUGGCUCAACAGGGGCAACAACAACCCCUUGUGCAUAUUUUAAGGAAUUUCCACUGAUUUCUGUCAAUUCCAGGCAGUUAUUUGGAGCCCAUGGUUAAGAGCUGAGGGUGGUUAGUCCUGAAGAGGGAGAUUUUAAUUUUUACACUAAAAGCAUCACGGCUUGAAGCAAAUUAAGUUUUGAAAGAUUGCCUGGAAUGUGCUGGACUUGACUUAAGAUUUCAGGCAACCCGGUUUUCAAAACUCCAGGUAGAUAUAUGAUAAAGGAAAUAUUAAUUUAAAAUAAUCUAGAAAUAUUAAAACUAUCUAAAAAAAAUUUUAAAAACAUUAAAACUAUCGCAAAAACUGCUAAAAGUCAUAGGCUAAUUUAAACAAAAAAGUCUUAACUAAAAAUAAUAAUAAUUAAUAAUAAUAAUAAUAAUAAUAAUAAUAAUAAUAAUAAGUAACCAGAGGGUAAGCCCGUCAGCUGAAGCUGCUAUAAAUGGGUGCCCUGGGCAACUAAAAAAUUAGCAAUUAAAGGAAAAAAACUAACAGAUUAACUAUCAGAAAAAUGUAAAAACUAUGCACAAUACACCGUAUUCACAAAUGGCGGACACGCGGGAAAAAACUGGUGCCUAGUCAUGAAAGCGAGGCGUUGGAGGAUAAACAAAAAUUGCAAAUGAAGACUUUCAGUGAACUUGCAGAGUGUUUAGCACGGAUUCCACCUAAAAUAACUUUGUAUGGGCGUCUUUUUAAAUAUAAUUACGUGGGAUGUCUUCCUGCUUUUAAUGUUUAGUACUGAUUUGCUGUUUGCAAUCAAAAGGGACGCGUAUAUCUUCAAGGAAACAGGAUGAUUUUGUAGGUUUCCGAAGCAUCAGAAGCUCGACAAGUGGCCGGGCGAUGGCUGGAGAAAAGCGGCAAACAUGUUAGCCCAAACUUCACAUUGAAACCGAGUACGAAAGCCAGCUCACUGCAAUUCGGUAAAACAGAAAUAUAAACAAUGCAAAUCUUGGUGGCAAAAAAAAAAAAGAAAUAAGAGACGGAUAUUUGGCCUACUUGACUGUUGACGCAAGAGACGUCUGCCAUUGAACAAAACAGUCCAAGUCGAGAUGGAAAAAAGGAAGACAGGAAAGAAGCGGUGACUGAGGUUUCGAUAAAGUUAUGUUUGUUUUUUUUUUACCAGUACGUUAUUCUCUGGUCUUCAUCGAUGAAGGACAUCAAUUAGAACUAUUUUUUUAGUAUAAAUACAGGAGCGAUCGAGUGGAGUACGCUCAAAAUUUCAACUUGUUACUCGGCAGACUCGGUAAGCUGGCCACAUAUCAUGUCAGCGAGUAAUUUUCGUAUUUCUUAUCUUUGGCUGUUAAGAGUUUUAACUUCAUGAUCCAUAAUAUUUUAAAAGUGAAGAAUACAUAAAUAAAUAAAAUGAUGGUCUUCUUAAACGGAUCCAGACUCGAAUUUAAUGAUUCGAAACAGAAGCUUGCCGUUUUCAGUCCUGACACAAACAUUGCCUUAAAAGUUUAACUUAGUAAAAUGUGAGCUUUAUACCACUUUUUUACCAAAAGCAGUCCGAGAUAAUGCCCUAAAGGAGACCAGGCAAAUAGCAAGCCAUAAGAUUCACACACUACAGCUUCUAGUUUUGAUAAAAUUGUUUUAUUUCGCAAUGACAAAGAAGUCAAAAGAUUUUUGCUAAGCUCUGCCAACGUACCUCCAACAAUUCACUCCAAAGCGACGGAAUUAAUAUUAUCCAAAGGAAGCUGUAAAUACAGACAUACAUAGAUAUGUAUAAAAUGACACUAACAUGAAUGAAUGAGUCUCGUGAAUGAAUCUUUCACCCGCUCUCGACUUGACCUGUUUUGUGUAAUGGCGGAGGUCUCUUCCGUUGACAAGUAGGCCAUAUAUCCGUCGCUUAUUUCUUUUUUUCUUGCCACCAAUAUCUGUUUUUAUUUCUGUUUUACAGAACAGUAGUGAGCUGGCUUUCGUAUUCGGUUUCAGUGUGAAGUCUGGGCCAACAUGUUUGCCGCUUUUCUCCAGCCAUCGCCCACUAAGUUGUCGAGCUUCUGAGGCUUCGGAAACCUUCAGAAUCAUCCUGUUUCCUUGAACAUGUACGCGUCCAAUUUGAUUGCAAACAGCAUAUCAGUACUAAACAUUAAAAGCAGAAGACGUGCCACAUCGUUGUAUUUAAAAAGACGUCCAUACAAAGUUAUUUUAGGUGGAAUCCGUGCUAAACACUCUGCAAGUUCACUGAAAGUCUCCAUUUGCAAUUUUUGUUUAUCCUCCAACGCCUCGCUUUCAUGACUAGGCACCAGUUUUUUCCCGCGUGUCCGCCAUUUGUGAAUAUGGUGCAUGUCGAUGGAUAAAAACUAAGAAUUAUAUAACUACGUAAAUUAAGACUCUAAAAAACUCCAAAAGAUUUACCAGAACUCUAAAAAAUAAUAUCAUUAAGCUGUGUUAAAAA